GCUUCCAGCCGGAAGAGGCGGUGCAGCCAGAGGACCUGCGCGCUCCCGCCUCCUGCAGCAUCUAACAUUGGCGGGAACCUGACAGUUUGGCGGGAGCUGUGCGGGCCGGCGGUGGCGAUGGCGUCGCGGCGGGGGGCGCUCAUCGUGCUGGAGGGCGUGGACCGUGCUGGCAAGACCACGCAGGGCCUCAGGCUGGUGACCGCACUGUGCGACUCGGGCCACCAAGCCGAGAUGCUGCGUUUCCCCGAAAGAUCCACAGAAAUCGGCAGGCUUCUGAAUUCCUACUUAGAAAAGAAAACAGAACUGGAGGAUCACGCAGUGCACCUGCUUUUUUCUGCAAACCGCUGGGAACAAGUGCCACUAAUUAAGGCCAAGUUGAACCAGGGCGUGACCCUUGUUUUGGACAGAUACGCCUUUUCCGGGGUUGCCUUCACUAGCGCCAAGGAGAAUUUUUCCCUGGAUUGGUGCAAACAGCCAGACGUGGGCCUUCCCAAACCUGACCUCGUCCUGUUCCUCCAGUUACACCUGCUGGAUGCUGCUGCACGGGGGGAGUUCGGUCUUGAGCGCUAUGAGACUGGGACUUUCCAGGAGCAGGUUCUGCUGUGUUUCCAGCAGCUCAUGAAGGAUAAAAACCUGAACUGGAAGGUGGUUGAUGCUUCCAAAAGCAUUGAGGAUGUCCAUGAAGAAAUCCGUGUCCUCUCUGAGGACGCCAUCCGCAGUGCUGCACAGAGACCACUGGAGGAGCUGUGGAAAUAACCCAGAGCACCCACUGCAGAUACCAAUCUCUGGUCCUCAGGAGACUGGUGGAAAGCCCACACUCAACACUGUUCAGCAGGAGCUAUUUCUUGGCACAAGAAACCUACAAGCUUCCACUCAUAACCCGAGAUUUUGGUGGUAUGGACAAGUUGUGCAAUAUCUCCCUUGCCUAUUCCUUGAUCCUAAAGGUGUUAUUUCCAUACUGAACGUUAGUGAUAACUUUCGGCAGUUUCACUGAGGUCACAAAAAGCAUCAGUUAGUUGGGAGUCAUAUUUUUUACAGAAACUAAUAAAAAUCUACCUGAAAAUGUA